AUGGCCAUCUCGGACGAGACGUCCCCUCUACUGCUGCCGUCCCCGGAGCCCCUUACAUCCAGUCAACGGCGCCGUCACUCGUCGUUCGAGACGGGGUUCCCUCUGGUGGUCGCCGAGGGGAUCGAUGUCCAGACUGCCAACGAGCUGGAAGUGUCCGAGGCGAAAUCCCGGCCUGAUGUAGCUCGUGUGUCGCCCUGCCAAUGGCUGGGACGCAACUGCGCCGUGCCGUUCACGCUGCUCAUGUCGGCGAUCGGUGCCGGCACAUUGGCGGUGCCUUACACUUUCGUCUUGUUGUCGCCUGUCCAGGCGGUGCUGGUGUUGUGCUGCGUGGGGCUGGCGAUGGCCUUCACGGCCGAUACACUCGUGGAUGUCCACGUGGCGGUGGCGACGGAGAGCGCAGGAAGUUUGCAGGAGAGUCGAGAGACGUACCAGCAUCUGGCGUGGAGAGCUGGCGGUAAGCCGCUGGCUCGACUCACGGGGGUGCUGACGGCGUUCGCAGUGUUUGGAGCCUGUGUGGGCUGCGUGCGUGUGGUGAAGGACAUGGCGCCGGUGCUGCUGUCAGCGUUGAUUACCGGGUUUGAGCAGCGGACGAUGGAGGAGCAGCAGCACGCAGUGGUGGUCGCAGUUUGGGUCGUGGUGCUGGUGAUAGUGCUGCCUCUGGGCUGUUUGACGAAGAUCUCUGCGCUACGCUUCUCGUCGUACUUUGGUGUGGCAUUCUCGGUUUAUCUCACUGAAGCUUCGUUGUUCUGGCGCGUCUCUGAGGUCGUGGGCAUUUACAACUUUACCUUCAUGCUUCACCUGAACGUGAUCCCGUUGUUGGCUCAGCUUGUGACAGCUGAGACUGUGAAAAGACAAGAACAACAUGACAAAGAUAUCGAGGCACUAGGCAGCACACAGGCUCCGGUUGCUGUGCAUCUUCUACAAGGUGCUGGACAAACUAUGCGUCGUCAUUUGGCUUUGGCUGUCGGUGCUUGUGUGCUGCUCUACGCGACGUUCGGCGUUUGUGCUGCGCGGAUCUACGGGAGCAAGACGCAGGGGAAUAUUCUGCUGAACCUGUCGAACGACCCGAUCAUGGCGGUGCCUCGAGUGGCAGUUUUGCUGACGAUUCUGCUUUCGUUCCCUUUGCUGUUCCACCCGCUGCGCUCGCUGGUGCUUGAGAUGUACGUGGCCUGCACCUCCCGUGGCAACGAUAGUGAAGACGAGGAGGAAACUCAAGACCAGAAUGCUCCAUCACAAGCUGCCCAAGCUGCGGUAACUGUGCUGCUGCUGGUUGCGCAGAUUCUGUGCGCAUUGCGGGUGCCUGGGCUUCAAGUGGUGUUCUCUUUUGUGGGGGCGAGUAUCCUAUUGAUGCUUUGCUACCUAUUCCCACUGGUGUUUUACGUGCGACUUGCCCCGUGGCGGUCUACUCACAAGGCCAUGAUCGCUAUCGUAUUCUGCGUCGCUGCCACUCUUCAACUCGUGCUGCCCGCUUGA